AUGAGGUUCGGCGAACAGCUGCGGUCGUCCAUGAUCAAGGACUUCUACUGGCAUUACAUUGCCUAUGAAGACCUCAAGGACGCCCUCAAGACUCAAUUCGUCACCGAGCCCACCCCGGACAAUCCCAAGCCCGACCGCAAGCCCUGGACUGAGGAAGAUGAGAAACGCUUCGUGGCGCUGCUCGAGAGUGAGCUCGACAAGGUCUUCACCUUCCAGAAGAUCAAGAGUGAGGAGAUCAUCCGCCGGAUUCAGACGAGUGAGCGAGAGGUCAAUGAAGUAGUCUCUCGUCUCGACGCCGGGCCCGGUCGACCCAAUCGUCCGACCGACGAAGAUUUCCUCCUCCUCGAGGCCGACCUCAGCGACAUCAUCGCGGACGUCCACGAUCUGGCCAAAUUCACUCAACUGAACUACACGGGCUUCCAGAAGAUCAUCAAGAAACAUGACAAACAAACCGGGUGGUUUCUCAAACCCGUCUUUGCCGCCCGUCUCAACGCCAAACCCUUCUUCAAGGACAACUACGAUGCCUUUGUGGUGAAGUUGUCGCGCCUCUAUGACCUCGUCCGGACCAAAGGAAACCCCGUCAAGGGAGACAGUGCCGCCGGUGGGGGCCAGCAGAACUUUAUACGCCAGACCACCAAGUACUGGGUGCAUCGCGACAACAUCACCGAGGUCAAGCUGCUUAUUCUGAAGCAUCUCCCUGUACUGGUCUUCAAUCCCAGCAAGGAAUUUGAGGAGAAGGAUUCGGCCAUUUCAUCCAUCUACUUCGAUAAUCCCGAAACAUGGGAGCUCUACACCGGGCGUCUGAAGAAGACCGAAGGAGCCGAGGCGAUUCGACUCCGGUGGUACGGUGGCAUGGAGAAUGAUCAGAUCUUUGUCGAGCGAAAAACGCAUCGAGAGGACUGGACAGGAGAGAAAUCGGUCAAGGCUCGGUUCCCCAUGAAGGAAAAGCAUGUAAACGCGUUUUUGUCCGGUCGGAUGACGGUCGAGCAAGUAUUCGAAAAGAUGCGCAAGGAAGGUAAGAAGUCGGAGCAGCAGAUCGCCGACUGGGAGCAAUUGGCGCGAGAGAUCCAAUAUCGAGUCAUCUCUCGGAAGUUCAGGCCCGUUGUCCGGACUUUCUAUCAUCGGACUGCGUUCCAGCUUCCCGGCGACGCUCGUGUCCGGAUUUCCCUGGAUACGGAGUUGUGCAUGAUCCGUGAAGAUAGUCUGGAUGGCAAGCGACGCGCGGGUGACAACUGGCGCCGGAUGGACAUCGGCAUCGACUUCCCCUUCUCCCAACUGCCACCCGAGGAUAUCGUGCGGUUUCCCUACGCCGUGCUGGAGGUCAAGCUCCAGACCCAGGCUGGCCAGGAGCCUCCGAAGUGGAUUCGCGAUCUCACCGCCAGCCACCUUGUCGAAGCAGUCCCCAAGUUCAGCAAGUUCAUCCAUGGCUGUGCCACUCUUUUCCCAGACCGGAUCCAUCUUCUGCCGUUCUGGUUUCCCCAGAUGGAUGUAGAUAUCCGGAAACCCGCCACGCGCCGAUAUGGCAUUGAGCGGCCUACCCACAGUACGAGUAUAUCCACGAGCGACGACAUGGACGACGAGGAAUCGGAGGACGAGGAGGGACAAGAGCAUCGUGCUGCUGAUCGCGAAGGCCAGCCUUCGCGCCAGGACCGGGAUGAAGUAGACGGCCAUAGGCACGAUGGUUCGCUUCCUGAAGCGACCGGGAAUGAGCUGGACAUUGAGGAGCGGAUCGCAGCCAAUUUCCUGGCUGGUGAGGAAGACUAUCCCCUGUAUGAUUCGGACGAUGAGUCGGAAACUUCGGACACGUUAGAAGAGGCACGGCGCGUGGGAGGAGCUUAUUACUAUAAGAAACUGCUCAGUCAUUAUACCCGCCGCACGGGACAUGCGGCUUGGGAAGCGCUCAAGGCCAUCCUGCCGGGGCCGCGGGCCACGCCGAUGCCAGACGAAGGAACGAAUGGAAUUACCAUUAUGGGGACAGGGAAGCGUAGCGUGAAGCGGUUCAUUGCUCCAAAGGGCAAACGUAUUCACGUCCCCGUUCGUGUCGAGCCCAAGGUCUAUUUUGCGGCAGAGCGAACGUUUCUCUCGUGGCUGGAAUUCUCCAUUAUCCUCGGGUCGAUAGCUGGGACCCUGCUAAAUUUCGGCAGCGAUUAUGUGACCUUCGCCUCGGCGUGGGUCUUCACUGUCAUUGCGGUGAUGUCGUUGCUGUACAGUGCGAUCCUGUACAUUUGGCGUGUGGAUAAAAUCCGCAAGCGGCGUGAUGUCAAACGCGUCUACCACGAGAAAUGGGGUCCUACGAUUCUGUGCUUGGGGCUGUUGACGGCCGUGUUGGUGAAUUUUAUCCUCCGCAUUCAACAUGGCGGCUUCGAGGCGGAUGACAGCGACAAGCUGGGUAGAGUACCAAAACAUAGGUGGGAGGUGUAA